GAGACGCGCAAAAACUCCGCGGCGGCACCGCGCGACUGUUGGGCUCUAACGGGAUUCCCCACUGAGUUCCAGGACUUUUAAGGGGAAAAACCCGGCGAAGGAAACCCGGUGACUUGAAAAAAAAAAUCCAUUCUGCAUUUUAGGCCAAUUCUCCUUUCGAGUUGUCCUCUGUAUCUCCGGGAGGGUUCACCCCGUUGGUCUCGAGCCGAGGCGGUGGGGGCAAACAUCAAAGAGGGCGCUUCACGACAGCCUCCUCCAGUCCAGGUAUUCCCGUAGUCCACCCGUCACCUCCGCCGCCAACAUGGAGUCGGCCACGGGCUCGGCCGCUUCGGAAGGAGCGGGAGGUGAGCAGCAAAGCGGCCGAGCAGCCCAGCGCGUGUCGGCGCCCGAGCGCGCCCCGGGUCCCGGCGCCGGGGGGAGGCCGUCACACCUCACCGGCAAACGCGGUAAGAAAGGUCCCCAAAAAGAAGUGCCCGAGAGCACAGAAAAAACAGAGGAGACCAUUCCAGAGAAAAAGAGGAGGCAGAAAACAAGAAGGAGAAAGAAAAAUAAAUCUGUUUCACAGAAUGAAAUCAAUAGUUUGUUGGCAGAACUCCCCUUUGCACAUACGGAGAUCCGGGAAGAGUUUGGUUUCACUACAACCCUUGGAAAGAAUUUGAAGAAAAAGAGAAAGCGGACUUUAGGAGGUGAGAGUGAGGAAGAUGCUGGUCAAAAGAAGAAAAAGGAGACUCAUCCAAAUUAUUUUGUGUCUAUUCCAAUAACAAAUCCAAAGAUUGUAGGUGGUAUUCAGGCUGUGCAGGAUAUUGUCGUUCAAAAGGACCAAAGACUCUCCAGGGCUAUGAUUCCAGUUCCCACUCUUCAUAUCACUAUUCUUGUGACAAAUCUUGCGAGUGAGAUGGAGGUGAACAGGGCGGUGAGUGCAUUUGAGGAAUGCAAGGCGACGGUGCAGGAAAUUCUACAGGGGACACAGCUGGCGCUGCAAUUUCAAGGGAUCGCACAUUUCCGAGGUGAAGUGGUAUUUGCACAGCUCCUGGAGAACGAACACCUGAUGACACUGACCCGUAUUGCAGAUACUCUGAAGUCAAGAUUCCAGGCAGAGGGCAUUUUGACUGGAGACAACAAACCUUUUAAGCCACAUCUAACCUUCAUCAAACUAUCAAAGGCACCUAAACUACGUCAUCAGGGUAUUAAGAAGGUUGAUUCAAAGCUGUACAAGUCUUUCGAAGAUCAUUGGUUUGGAGACGAGAUUGUUUGCCGCCUAGAUCUUUGCUCCAUGUUGAAGAAAAAACAACCAAAUGGUUACUACCACUGCGAAACAUCAUUCGCUGUGGGGAAAAAACAUGAAUCAGCCGUAAUUAGGAAUGCUGUGCAGAAAGAAACCAUGACAGUGUUGAGCAAACUUAAUCAGAUAAAAGAACUUCUGUCCCAUCCAGAGACUCAAAUGAAAAUUCGUAAUGAAAUGGCUGUAAAAUGUACUCAAUUGAAGCACUAUAAACAGCAGGAUCUAACUCUCAGCAUUGGUUCUUAUGACUUGACAAAACAAACAGAAUACAUUGAUACCACUUCAGAGGACAUGGGGACUCAGACCAUUGAAAAUUAAGAAUAACCCAGAUUUGAUGAAAAUGUUAAAGUUUAAUGAUGUUUUAUUGAUUUUUUUUUCAUUAGCAUGCAUUAUUCCUGCUCCGAAUGCAUCUUCAGUACAACUAUAUAUACGUAAAAAUAUAUUUGCUUUUAUUUUUGCAAAUGUUUUGGCUGUUUCAGUUGCCAUUGGUGAACUAAGAUCGGUGCAUGUCUAUUGCCAAGGAGAAAUUACUGGAGGAAUGCAGACUUUUCUUUGUGUGGUUACAACCCUCGGGAAGGAAGCUGUUCUUCUGAAGAGCAUUCAUUCUACUUGCAUUUGAUUCAGACUUGUUUAUGUGGCCAAAUAAGUCAGGGUGCUAACUAAAAUCAGUAUAUCUUAGGCUAUUUACAGUCCAUCUUGGCAAGAUAGAUAGCUACACAGCGUAGGCUGUGAAAUGGAAUGCAUUUAAAUGAAUUUAUAAAUGUUGAUGCUUGGCACUAUCAGUGUUUGCCAGCUUGUUGCACAGAACUUAACACAUUUCUUCCAUCAUUCUAUGCAAUAGCUAGCAGGUUUUUCUAACAGCUAAAGACUGUUCUCCUAUCUUAGAACAAAGUCUAAACCUGCAUGAGUUUCAGACCAGCCAAGCACCAAAGGGACCAACAGAGAGACAGGCUCUGAGAUUUUAAUGAUCUACCUAGGAUUUAAGCCUCCGUGACUUUAAGGUGUGAAUUUGAAGGGGGCAUCUUAUUUAUACAGCCAAGUAUUUAUACCAAAUAUUGCUCCAUUAUUUUAGUCGUAUUUCAGUUUAUUUUAUAUUGGCAUAUAUAUUGGGAAUACCUCUAGUUAGAAUAUUUUUAUAUAUUUUGGUAGAGUGCAGGUUUUCAAUACAUAUCAAAGCAGCUUCUACCCAAGUGUUGCUUAUUCCAGCUCUAUAUCUGUAUUAGCCAGAUUACCCCGGGUUGAUAUUUUUAGGCAGAUUCAAUGUGCUCAGAGGACUUAAAUGUCUAUUUCAAGGCUGGAGACUUAUGUUCCAAAAUUUUAUUUUGACCUCAAAGUAUCUCACUGAGCCAAUGGGUACAUGAAUUUUUCAGAGCAAUAAAUAAUUCAGAGUGGCUGAAAUGUGAUUUGGCAAUGUGAUCAAAGCCGAAAUUGAUUUCUCAUUGAGUUUUGCCAAAAGCUCCUUUCUAAUAUUACUUCAGAGUUAACUUCUUUAAACCCAAGGAAUAGCAAUCCAAAGAAUCCGAGUGAAAUGUUUCAUACGUUGCUUGAAAACUACUAGAUGUUGUCCUAAGGAAGCGAGCAAGGAGAGGGCCAUUAAACAAACACUGCCUGAAUCAAAUGCACUUGACUUCCUUGCACAGACUAGAAGAGGGUAUAAAAAACACUUUUUCCAGCAUUCAACUCUAUAACUUGAAUAAUGCUUAUAUAAGGAUUUUGUUGUUCAUUGAAUACACUGUACGGUGGUUUUAGCCAAUAACACCUAACACAAUAAAAUAAUUUUAAAAUGAUUAACUGUGAUUUGAUGCAGGUCAAGUGGUGAAAGAAAAUGGUCUGUGGUGUGCUAAUCCAUGUGCCGAAGACUAGUUUUGAAAUGUCAUUAUCGAUCAGUAAUGUGGUUAUUGGCAUCAGUAAAUGGUUGGAACUGUGAUUGCAAAUUAUGUUUUGAAAGACAAAUCAUUGUAUUAAUCAAUUGGUUUUGCAUAAAAGGUUUAUUCCUGAA